GCUCGAUUGGUAGACCUGCUUUGUUUUAGUUAGGUUUUCAUUUUGAGGUUAUGUGUUGCUUAACUGUUAUUACACUGAUCUGAAAAUCACUUAAUUAUUAAAGUUUAUAGAUAAUAGGUAUUCAAUAUGGUUAGUGAGACGGAUUCCGAGAGUGACCAAGAAAAUGAAGUAGUAGUUGGGAGGAAACGUGUAAAAAGAGAAUCAGAAUGGAAAAGAAAUACUAAGAGAGUGUCAAGGUGCAAGGGAUUGGAGUAUGAAGAUUAUAAAGGGAGGAUAGUUCCAGCUAAAACAACAGGGCCUCCAUGCAACUGCAAGAGAUUUAAAUGCUUUGAUGGAUUGACUGAACUUGACCAAAUCAACAUAUUGCAACGCCUUCUUGACCUUCCAUCAAAAAAUGAUCAGGACCUGUACAUCCAGAACUUGAUUGAAAUUCAUGACGUCAAGAAAAGACGUCCAAGGAAAGGAGAAGACGCACGCAAUGUUGACAAAAUGUAUACAUACUUUCUCCUGGUUGGUAACCAAAGGACGCAGGUAUGUUACAAAGCUUUUUUGUCUCUGUUAUCAAUAAGCGACAAACGAGUUAAACGGUUGAGAGCCCUUGCCAAGGAAGGAAAAAACCCUAUUGAUAAAAGAGGAAAGUCUCAGAGCGCAAACACUUUGAGUAUUGAAAAACAACAAAUCAUUAGGGACCAUAUUGAAAGUUACCCAACUAAACUUAGUCAUUAUUCUGGGAAAACUAGAAAAUAUUUAGAUGCUAGACUCUGCACAAACGCCUUAUAUCGUGCAUUGGUCGACAAACAUCCAGGAAUUUGUAGUUCUGCUUACUUUUAUGAGUUUUUUCAAUGA